AUGUCGAGCUCGACUGGGUCGAGCCACAGCCUUACGACUACAUCCACUGCCGGUACAUGGCUGGCGCCAUCAAGGACUGGCCCGCCUCGUGCGGCAGAUCUACCAGAACCUCAAACCGGGCGGCUGGGUCGAGUUUCAGGAGUCGGGCAACACGCUCCUCUCCGAAGACGCUGGCCCAAGGAUCCGCGACUGAAGGAGUGCGGCACGCUCAUGGGCAGCAACUUUGUCGAGGGCGUCGAGGGCUUCACGGCCGCGCUCUUCAGGGACGUGUUGGGGUGGCGGCAGGAGGAAGUGACGGUGCUGAACGCCGGCGUCAGGGCUGCUGCGAAGGACAAGUCGGUGCAUCCCCUGUUCAAUGUGUUGGUCAUCACGGGCCAGAAGCCGCUGUGA